AUCUCUAUCUCUACUCAUCAUUCUCAUUUGACCUCUCUCCUUCUAUAUACUCGAAAAUGAAGAACAAGUUCAUAAAAGCCUGUGAAAACAAAUUGAAAACUAUGAAGAGCAAAUCCAUAGUCAUACCUUGUUGUACAUCAUCUUCCUGCGAGAGUUGCUGCGAGAAGGUAUCUUGGGGAUUCAAGAAGGAAAGUGAAGCAAUACCUAAAGAUGUCCCAAGAGGACAUUUGGCAGUGUAUGUGGGUGAUGAUUACAAGAGGUUUGUGAUAAAGAUGAGUUUGCUUAAACAUCCAGUCUUCAAGGCGUUGCUUGAUCAAGCUCAAGAUGCUUAUGAUUUCAGUUCUGACUCAUCAAGACUAUGGAUUCCAUGCGAUGAAAACACUUUCCUAGAUGUUGUUCGUUGCAGUGGCGCUCCUCAGCAUCAAAUGAACUGCAUUGGUAUGUACAUGUAAGAUUGGAGAUGUAUUCAUAUGAUUUUUGGUUUAUCAUAUGUGGAUCUAUGUUUCCAGAGAGAAUUAAUGUUGAUUUAGAUAAUGGUGUACACUAGUUAAGUAAGAGUUUCGUCACUAAGUAUGAUUAAUAAUAUUGUUAAGCAUAAGCAAGAGUCACUGAGAAAAAGCAAACAUCUACAAAUGUUGCAACAUUUAAACUUUAACAAAGAUUGCGUUUUUUUUCUCUCGCACCAUUUCAAGACAAGACAUAAAGCAAAACGU